AUGAAACGAGUUCUUCUGUUUCAGUCGUACCAAGAGAAAUUGAAGAUUCCUUAUGCAACAUUUUUAGUGUUCCAGUCCUGUGCCGUGGGCGUGGGCGGGGGAGAUGGGGUGGGGUUGGCGAAGUACUUCAUGUAUGAUGGCCAAUGUGAAAAUGGUGAAUCUGUCUUUACACUGAACGAAGGUGAGUUUGCUCUAUUCAUUUCAUUGUCAUAAUUCAAGUUGAAAUCUGCCUUUAUUUAGUUAGAAGGGGAAAGCUGCUGGGUGUGAUAAUUACAAGCGAUUUAUCAUGGAAUGAUCACGUUAACGAUCCUAGUUUAUGCACGCCUGUUUUCUUUUAUGCUCUGCCCAAGUAUUUACAGAGUGAGCUUGAGCGGGUCCAAACAAGGGCAUUAUCAAUCAUUUUCCCCAGUCUGUCUUAUGACGAAGCACUUGAUGAAGCCGGUAUUCCAACCAUUAUUUCAUAUCGCGAGGAUAUAUGUGUCAACGUUUUUAACCCUGCCCACGGCAACAGGGAUAACAAACUUAAUAACAAGUUAUUAACUGAAGCCAAUGAGGCUCCAUAUUCACUAAGAAGUCACAGACACUUUGCAUUUCCAAAGAGGGAGACGGACCGUUUUAAGAACACUUUUAUUUUGUCAUCGUGCCUAAAGUACAAUUAAAUGAUUCGGUUUUAAUGCUUUUACUUGUUAUAUGCAUGAAUUUUUAAUAUUUUUAAUACUGAUGUGUUGUAAAUUAAUCUAUUUUUAGCUUAGUUUUAUUUGCAGCCUCUGGUUGCCCAAGUAUUUAUUUUAAUAGACUAUCCAUCUGUCUAUCUAACAUUGGAAAAGUGCAACGUUUGAAGAUUCUGUAAUCAAAUUAUCAACCAAAUGAUAAUUAAGUUACCGUGACUUCGCUCCAUGGUCAUAUCGUUCCAAGUCAGAUAGACUGUUGCACAUUUUCAGGGUAAAACUUGACGUAAAGCGCACUUUUUUGGCUUCUUGGCUUAAAGAACGAGGUAUACGUACACGCCAUUUUUUUCUGCUCGUGGCCGCUUAAAGACUCGUGAAAAGGUCAAAAGGUCAACUAUUGUGCAACAAUCUGACUAUUAAGUGGAACGAUCUGACCAUGGAAUGGCGUCAUCAUUGUCUUAAUUUGAAGAUUAGCGGUGAAGAGUAAACUUGGUUCACUCAGUUUGUUAGCUCUAACCACUAAACUUCAGAGUCAUUUUGUGUUCGGUGGUUGUUCUGCGUGUAAACAAUGCGAUUUUUUAUAUUUUAUUGGCAGCAAGCUAAGGACAGUAAAUUCGUAAAUGAUAGGAGUGCUAUUGAACGUUGCGCAAACCCUGGUAACAAGUUUGCUUGGUACUAAAAAUCCUUUAUUGUUUUUCAAGACUACACUUUAAGACAUGAGUGCCGAGGGCAAGUAUACAGAAUGCUGUUUAAAUCUGAACAUGAACUCAUCCAUAGAGGAAAGAAGACUCACUUUUGAAGAAAUGGCUCCCAACUGGGAUAAGGUAUACAGUGCACUAAAUAACCUUAUUUCCUCUCUGCCCUCUAGUUUUCACCAUUCUCCACUAUCUCUGCCUGGAAGAGGCUGUCCGCCCCGCCUUGAAAAAUUAACCAAACACCUUUCGACAACGGGCCGAUUUAACUUUCAUAAAGACCUCUGGAACAGUUACUGGGAACAUGGAAAAAAUUGGCCAGUAGCUGACUGGCGUGUCCUCAGUAACGAUCCUGGCGGUCUUUGCGCAAGUUAACUUGGUCCAGUUUCCUCUUUUCUAAGGGUGGUAAUGGUAUUAGUCUUUUUAUUCCUUGUUCAGUUUUUUUACUGAUGUUAUACCAGUCAGUUGUUAGAGGUAGUUAAUGUUAUCAUAGGUCACUAAUGUUAACUAAGUGCCCCAGUGCCUAAUUUGUGCCCUCUUUACAAUGAUCAUAAAAAAAGUUAGACAGUAGAGGCCCAUGGCGUUUGUUAGAUUACCCUCUGUUUGUGCAAUUUUCUGUAAAUUGAAUUUUUGAUCUAGAGUACUCUCCUGGUUCCAGAGCCAGUUUGUUCUCAAACUGUUUAAGAUCAGGAACCCAUCAGUAGGAUAAAAUAAAUUACCCCCAAAUUGCGUUUUGCUGAAUUCCAGAAGAUUUUUAGAGGAAACCCAGAGUGCAAGGGUCCGUGAAUACUGUGGCACUUGAAUUUCCCUUCACUGAUGAAAACCUAAAUGAUCAAAUUUUUUACAUGAAAUAUUAAUUGAUUUUUUGUGCAACCUUUGCUGGGCUGUGCAAAUGCUGCCCGUAUACAGUUUGGGCCCUGACAUCUCUGAAAUCAUAAUCAUCUGGCUUAGGGUGCGUUUAAUUGACUGUAUCCCGAAAUUAGAAUAAGCCAAAAUUUUGCCACAGAUCCUCUCUACCAUUGUUUUUGGACUACUGAGAGAUGCUAUAUACAUCCUUUUUUAAAGAUGUUGUAUCAACCAGAUUUCUAAAUUACACAAUAAAACACAGGGUGUGCGAGUUUUAUUGAUGAGUGGAGUCAGUGUGACUUCUGCUUCACAAAUUUUGGAGUCAUUUUGGAAUAUUUGGAGUCAAGUAUCACAACGAAAAAAAGCCAUUUUCAGAGUUCCAGCAUGUGGUCCUGGCAUGUAUAUGUUGUAGUUAAUUUUUUAUCUCAGGUAAUUUUUAUUUUCCUUUUGUUGCAACUUCAUUAGCAUAUAUUACCAUACCCAAAAACAAAAGAAAAACAGAAAUUGCCUGAAAUAAAAAAUUAACUACAACAUAUACACUAUCGUGAGGGAUACAUGAAGUAGCUGUGGCAGUCUGCUGACCCGGAAAGCUGAAAUCCAUGAUAGCGGUCAUCGAGUAAAUGUUGAUCGUAAUUUACCCUCUUCCUACUUUGUCGUGCAGUAUAAUUCUUUAAUUUUGAUAAUUUAAUUAAGGUUUACAACGUUUACAAUUAACGCAAAUUGUAUUUGUUGCAAAAAAAGUAAGGACAAAGUUGUGUUUGUUACCAACAGUUUCUGGAGUCGAAGUGGCUCCCUGUUUGGUUCUGAAAAUUUCUAGAGUCGAAGUGACUCCCUCCGUAACCUCUGUGGAGUCAUCUGAACAAUUUUGGCGUAUUUGCAAACCCUGAAAACAGAUGGCUGCCUCUGCUGGGUGUUAUGGCUGAGCACAUAAAUCAGUCCUUUGCCGUAUCUUAAAAUUGCCAGCGUUGCAUUCAGUUUUAUUUUAGUUGCGAAGGUGUCACCUUCCUUCCAUAAGGUUUGAAGCAAUUAAUGCUAAAUCAAGUGAUAUCUAUUAUGGGCUACAUAUUUCGUUGUCGUUGCAGAUUAGCGAAAAUGUGGGUUACAAAGGCCACUUGCUCUGCGUGGAAGCAUUUGAUCGUGCUGUGAGCUCCACUGAUGUUUAUCCUAAUUCCACAAAAAACAUAAAAAUUCUUGAUGUCGGAGCGGGCACAGGAGGGAUUGGCGAGAUGUUAAAAUCUAGGGGAUACACUAAUGUCGACGCACUGGAUAUUUCCCAGGAAAUGUUAAAUUUAGCAGCCAGUAAAAAUCUGUACAAGAAACUGAUCUGUGCUCCAUUGACUGACACACAUAUGAAGGAGAUAGAAACUGCUGAAUAUGAUGUGGUGUUGUGUGGGGGCGUCAUAGCGUAUGGACAAACACCGCCUGGGGCGAUUGAGCAAUGUGCACGUUUUGUGAAACCUGGUAGGUGCAAAAGGUCUUAAAGCUGAACAUUUUAAAUGUUAUAAAACAAGUUCUGUCGUAAUCAUCAUCAUCAUCAUCAUCGCGGUCGUUAUUGUCGCAACCCACCAUCAUCUUCACCAUUACCAUCAUAAUGGCUACUUUCCUUUGCAGGGGCCUCUCUGGCCGUGAGCGAGAAAUAAUAGCGACCCAAGGAUGGUGGGAAGGGGAAGAGAGGAAGCCUUUUCCCGCCGCAUGUAGCAGCUGCUAGGAAGAGAAGUCACCAAUGGUGCAUUCCCCUGACCAUAAACAAUACUAAAACAAUUUGAAGAAUGACAUGUCAUUGCUUUCUGCAACCAGUUACAAGAGACCUUACGAGCAGCUCCUACACUCCUCUUUCCCACCUUUUCCCUCUUCCCAUCAUCCACAGCGCGCUUACUGUUUAUUUCGUUUUUUAUUGUUGUUAUUUUUUUUGGGGGGGGGGGGGGGUGGGGGAUACCCAAUGGGAGCCUCUGUGGAGGAGAGUGAUGCCUGUACGAAUAACUAAAAAAAAAAAUUAACACAAAAACCAUGACAGUUGAAUUAAAUUGAAAUAAACCAACAUAUCACUCCUUAUAUACGACAGUGCAUUUUUAAGAUGAGCAUUCAUAUCUUAACAUCUCAUCCUAACUUUGCUUGCUUUCAGGUGGCCUGUUUAUUUUCACCGUUCGUUGUGAAACUUUUGACCCAGAAGGGCACAACUACGGUGCAACGUGCCAAAAAUUAGAAGAGUCAAGGAAAUGGAAGCUGAUACAAAAAGAAAAACGUGAACAACAUUCAAAUCCAAACGAGGAACGAUUCCGAUAUAGCUAUCUUAUUACCUAUAAAAUACUCCAGUAACAUGAACGGUGAAAAGGCUGAAUCAAUCCCACUUGCUUCGUGAGUGAGCUGAUCAAAAUCCCAAAUUUCUUUUAGUUACAAAUUUUGAGGAAUACGUGUUGUAAUUCAAUUUGAUUCCUUGCUUCAAAUUUUAUUCCCUUUGUUUCAAGUCAUAAUCAUUUAUUAGCAUACCCAUUAUCAAAGCAAAAUAUUAUUACAUUUGGAACAAAGCACAACAAAAUAAAAAGAAUAACACUUAAGUAUACCACUCAUAGACAUUUUCCCCCGGGGUUUGUAUAUCAAAAGUUGGCAAGUCCAUAGUGUUAACAAUGGUUGUUUAUUCAAUAUUUUAUGGC